CUAAAACAGUCCUGCGGCACUUGGAUCCGUUGUCAGUUCGCGUAGCGCGUGCCUAUACCGUCUUUUUUUAUCGAUCGAUCGAUCGAUCGACGGAUCGAUAGAAGCCUCGAUGCUAUUUGCCCGCGAGAAAGUUUCGGUCCUGCGGUGAACGUGGUGCAAAGUAAAUCGAGCGAACGGUGCCACCGCGAUUCGUGAAACGUUCGCGCCAAGAUAAAUGGAUUCGAAUCGAACGAAAAACAGUAAUUGAAGCGUCGGAACAAUUGCAUCGAAACAGUUUAACCGAAGCGUCGAACAAUGUUAUCGCGCGGUCGCUCGUUAAUUGCUUGAACGACAAGCAAUUAGCGGUCGCCGAUGUACCGUGGGCUGGUUUUGAAUAAUUCUUUUUUUUUUUUUAUUCUUCCUUCCAACGAGGCGAUAGCCGAACGAAUGGAUCCGUAAGGCAGGCGCGAAGUGGAAAAAUCGCGUCUCGCGCGACCAUAACGAGUCACUUGGCUCGCCGGUAAUUACCGCAUCGCUAACGGUAAUUACUCUCCGUCUGUCCGCCGUUUAAUUUCCAAGGUGUAAAGUAACUUGCACCUCGAAUCGUCCGGGUGUACGCUUUCCAAUGACUGAACGCAACGCUCUGUAUCUGUGCUUUAUUAAUUCCUUCUAUUUCCUUUAUCGCCGUUUUUUAUCAACCAUCCUUCGAACGUUAUCAGGCAAGGCUAUCUACGGAGGUUCGGUGAACGGAAAUCGUUUCCUCGAAAUCUCGGUUGCACAAAACCGGAGAAAGAAACAGAGAAAAACGUUGUUUUAGAGCGCGUAAAGACGACUAGGGAGGUUGACUUAUGAUAAAACCGAGAUAAACUUUGCCGUAUCAUUCAUUUACGCGGCCAGCCUUGAAAUUCUAUUAUACUUUUCAGUAAUUUAUUAUGGAAAAUAGGAGAGAUCGUGGAAAAGUAGAGAUAGUAGAUCGCGAGGUAAGGUUAUCGCGUGUUUCCCUCGUCGGAUUAUCUGCAGGGACGGGCGGUUCCAGCGGACGGGCACAGGUAGAGUGGAAGAAAAAGGAAGGCACGGGUAAGAAAGUUCCUUCCGUGUCCGCGAUCUCUUGCUCCGCCGCGUCCACCGAAGAAACGCAUCAAGGGAGUUAAUCGAUCGCGAACGAUAACGGUAUCCACGUGUAUCCUGGCUGUAUACGCGUAAUCGUGAUUCGACGAAACGCGUAACGAGCUGAACGGUAAACCUACCCCUUUCGAUUCUAUUCGGUUAACGAGCAUCCAAAGGCGACCUUCUUCUUCGGCUCGGGAAAAAAACUGUUCUAACGCGAUUCUAAGACGAUCCCGUGACAGCUCUCGGCCUUCCACUGUUGACGAGAACUUCUGUUAACGGUACGACGAAGAAACGUCUGUCGAGUAAUUGAAGCAGAUCGUUUUUAAUAGACGCGAUGCACAGCAGUUUCGAUUCUACCGCGGGAAAAGGAUGAAAGAAGAGGGAGAGAAUUUCAUUUAUCGUGGUCGAGCUUGAGGGAACUUCAGUUUUUAAUAGAAUAUUGUAAAUUAAAAGACUAAUUGAAGUGAAUAGCGGACAAAAAUAAUGAUGAAUCUUCUUUCCGUCAGUUUGUUUGCUGCCUGAUGAGGGAUUGUUAUUUAAAUUCUAUGGUCGUACGAAGUAUCGACGGUGCAAUUAAACUGUAUUCUUCUCGAGGAUAAUUCUGUUGAAGUUCGGAAAAGUUAUUCCGGAAGAAGGAUCGAGGGUAUUCGAUGGUUAAGCGAGUUUCGAACUACCUAAGAUGGAAGGAAGGAAAAUGAGGCCUGCAUAUAUUGACAUACAUUAAUUCUUUUAAGACAGAAUUAAACUCCACGGAAACGUUGCACUCGUUUGUUGUUAAAACUUUGGGAUUCAUGAUGAAUUACCUGAAUUUUUAUUAAUUAUUUCAUAAAGAAGUUCAAGCUUCAUUUCAAGGAAACUUUAGAAAUAAAAAGUUGAAAGAGAUUGCUCACAGUAUUGUGUCAUCGCAGGAAGAAGCAGUGAUAUUUAAAAAGUGUCAUUUUGUCGAGUGUUAUAAGUGUUCAGUGUUCAGUGAACAGUGUAGCUGGACAGUUUCUAAGAGUAAUAUAUAUUUAUAAGAAAGGAUAUCACGCGUUGGCGGAAGUGUAAGCCUGACUCGGUUUCCUCUUUUCUGCCAUCCGACAGGAGUCUGAUUAAGCACUCGGGGGAAUCGAAAAUCGAACAAGAAUUAAGCAAGAGGAUUCCUUGGAACUAGCAAAAUAUGAAACUCGUACGGUACAUUUAAAAAAAAGAAAACGCUGCAUCAUCCGGAUAAUUAAAAAUCACGAGUGCGCGCUUUCCAUUCGUCAGGAAUCAAAAUUCGAAAUUAAUCGCAACAAACAAGCUGAAUAUACACAGCAGAAGUUCCGCAACGAUAAUUAAUUUCGUGGAACUGAAUGAAAAUCGAAUUGACGAAUCGCAAAGGAUUCUCCGCUACGGACUGUCCGAUUCGUUGGCCGCUGUUAAACGUCAUCGAUAACGCAAUUGAAUUAUCAUCCAGGUGUAUACACACUUUCCGAACGUGAGUCACGUAGACGCAUUUUCGAUUCGAGGCAUCGAGGACGUGGUACCGUUCGAUUCGUCGCAUUAGAGACCGCUGGUAUAUCGGCCACCUUCCUCUUCUUCUGUUGUUUUCUUCGCAUCAACUUGGGAAUCUCGCGAUUCGCACGAUAAUAAGUUCGAUUGUCUUUCGAGUUUCUUCGUAUGUGACUGUGCAAGUAAAGCCGCGGAGAUGCUGAAGAUACGUAUGCUGGAUUACAUCGGGGACACUGGGAGACAGCAACUGGAACAAUCCGUGUAUUGUGAGGCUGAAUCCCGGCGUGCCGCGCUGGAGGAUGAGAGACAAGAUGUUCAAGGUACCAAUCAAGAAAAAAUAAAGAGUACUACGCAAGAUUUAUUCGAAUUGCUGGAAAGGGUGCAGAGUUCACGUCUCGAUGAUCAACGAUGCGUUCUACCACCGUAUUUUUCUCAGACCCCAAGGGAGGACAGGGCAGCGUCAAGUCCUGGUAAUCAGAAUAAUCACACACCCACACCAUCGCCGUCACCGGUUGGAGAUGCCCCCGUUGGCAGAGCCCUUAUGGAGGCUGCGCUUCAGCAAGCCACUUCCGGAACUCAGCCACCUCUGGUGGUGACACCGUCCGGAUACUGGGUCGACGGUACCGAUCAUCGACACGCCCUGGACUCGGUCGGCAGGGCGUUACUUCCGGCACAGCCUGCCUGGCAACCCAGGAUAGAUCAAGAUGAUACGGCUAAAUGCUACAGGCGAUUCUUUGUCGGAAGGGAACACGUGAACCUGGUGGGUAGGGACGGAGAGAACGGGCCGGUCCUGGUCUCGGUGAAGGCCGAGACGGUUGGUGGACAGGAGCACUGGAGGGUCUUAUUGCGAUUGCGAGCUGGCUCGACCCACGAAUUGGUACCAGCCGCGAACCUCGGCCCGAAUCCAUCACCCGCGAAAAUGGUCAAGGCGAUUAACGAAUCCUUGAACGUGAGCACCCUGAUGCCUGUUGUCUGUUCCGGUGCUGGCACGCUAAUAGCACGGUACGAUGAGCAUGCUUUGGUGUCGAGGUUUAAAUUUGGUGUUCUUCAUCAACGUGCCGGCCAAGUCACCGAGGAGCAACUUUUUGGGAACCGACAGAUUACACCAGCCUUCCAGGAGUUCCUCGAUUUGCUGGGUCAAAAAAUCGAUUUGAAGGAUCACAAAGGUUAUCGUGGAGGCUUAGAUACUCGUCAUGGACAGACAGGAGAUUCUGCGGUGUACGAGGUAUUUAGAGGUCGAGAAGUGCUCUUCCAUGUCGCCUCUCUUCUUCCAUACAGUCCUGGGGACUCGCAGCAAUUACAACGUAAAAGACACAUCGGCAAUGACAUCGUCGCGAUAAUAUUCCAAGAGGAGCCAACUCCUUUCAGUCCAGAUAUGAUCGCCAGCCACUUCUUGCAUGCAUUCAUCGUGGUACAAGUCGUCGACCCCUGCACUCCUUAUACCAGGUACAAAGUCAGUAUCACAGCACGAAAUGAUGUUCCCUGGUUUGGUCCAGCAUUGCCAACACCAGCUGUGUUUUCCCGGGGUGUAGAAUUCAAAGAAUUCCUUUUGACGAAAUUGGUGAACGCUGAAAAUGCUGCGUACAAAGCUGAGAAGUUUUCAAAACUUGAGCUAAGAACGAGGUCAGCCCUCUUGGAGUCAUUGACGGAAGAAUUGCAAGGGAAGACUGCCGAGUUCCUUGGUGGAGCGAUUGGUUUCGGAGGUAGCGGCCUGGGAUUUGGAGGUAACUGUCCAGUAAGUCCGACUGCGAGCGACGCCUCAGGAUCCGGCAGCGGCGGAAGUGGCUCCAGAUUUAUCGAUACCGUACGAAAAGCGCUGAUAUCGCGUGUUCGAAAUGCGUCCACCGAGAGUGUGCCCCAGCAGUUAUCGAAGAAAGGCCAGUCGGAGCCAAGUCCUCCGAGUAAUCGACAAUCAACGACAAAGAUCAGUAGCAAACGAUCAGUGGAACCAUCGAGUCCUUUAGGCUCUCCAGAUUUAACGCUUCGAAGGGAUUCGGAACGCGGAAGUCCUAGCUUAGGUAGCCAAGACAGCAGUUUAUCCAACACCGACAAUCAAGAUAGUAGUCUGGCCACUUUGCAGCAAGACGAGGUUGAUCGUAGAGAAUUCUCAACAACGACAACAACAGCAGUUUGCUCCAACAGUGAAACGACGCAAGAGAACAAAACUUCCGUGUCGUCUGUUCAGAGAUUGACUCAUGAGAACUUACGGAAACAGGAGAGGACGGAGAAGACAGAGACGACCCAGCGUGUCAUUUCCGAAAGCGACGACAGCUCGUUGAACAGCGAGCUAGAACUGGACCAAGCUGUCUAUCCGGACAGUGAUACCGGACUCGAAUCGAUGAGUUCCGCGGAAACCCAUGACACUGUACGAUGUACCACCAAGGAUGGGGUGUUAGAGAACGAGAACUUGAGGAUGGAGGUCACCAGGUUGAAAUGCGACAAACUAGAUCUGCUCAGGCAGAAUGUGACUUGCCAACGCGAUAUAAAACGUCUACGAGAAAAGGAGCUACAAUUGCAGUCCGAUUUAGCAGCCGCUUCCAAGGAGAUUCUUCGAUUGCGAGCUAUGUUGAAAGAAUGUUCGACUAGUAUUCCAUUGGAUAAUAAUAAUCAGCAAACGUCUACCGUAUAAAGAUAACGAUGCAAUUAUUAGAUUGUAAUAAUUAGUUGAACACUCUGUAUAACGUACUAAUUCGGAGUUGCUUCUUUCAAAGAAAACUAUCCGAAGAGGUAUCUUGCAAAGAGUUUGAACGCGCAAUCGAAAUAUGCUUUACGUUUUGUUUUUAAACUGUACGAUUGAAGUUCUUUAGAUAGAAAUAUUGGGUACAAAUGCUGUAUAUUAUAAGAGAAAGGGUCAGUGAAGGAUAUUUAAAAAAAAAAAGAAAAGAAAAGAAAAGAAGAGAUGAUUCUGCGAUAUAAUAAAUAGCGACGCGUCUUUCAAUAUAUUCACAGCGUAGACGCUAAUUGUUACUUUGUAGUAGUAUUUGUUUCACCUUUAACCAUUAUUAUUUAUCUAUUAAUUUAUUAAUAGAUGUAAGUUAAUCUCUAAUAGUCAAUAUAAUUAUUAAACGAUUCAGAAACACACAAACGAUACGAAGAUACAUGAUGAAAAUAUGAAAUGAUAAAAUCAUUUAAACAAGUAGGUGCAUCUUGUCAUUAUGGUAGGUAGAUAUCUUUAGAAUUACAAAGUAAAAUGGCCUUUAGACUUAGAGUUUCCGAACUUGAGAGUAAAUAAACAGAAAUUAAUAUAACAUAUUUUAUCUGUAAUAAAUGUUUAAAAAAUUGAGAUCGUAUAUAAAUAUAUACGUAUAUAUAUAACACAGUUACGGUGCUCGUAUUGUUUUAGAACGAGGUAACUGUAAAUUGUCCCAUAAAACAGUAUAAAGCGAUUGGUAUAAAUGUUGACACGCUUAUGGGCUUUAGAAAUAUGUGUUUUACCGAUAUAUCUCUGACGUCUCACAUUGAAACAAGGAUAUGUAUCGUUAGUUACAGUAUUUGUCACGGUAAUUAAUUACCGAAAAAAAACCAUUACUAGUUUUUUAGUAUUAGUCCGAAAGAAUUGUAGGAGAUAUGAGAAAAACCUCGUUAGUUAAUCUCUUCCGGUUAUAUCGUGUUAGCCAAUUUAGAAUAAGAGUAGACAUUUUUCUUUCUAGCCGUUCACACGGUUGUAAUGAUUUAGCUGCACCAAAUUGUUUAACGGCACGUUACGUAUCCAUGUGUCAGUAACAUACGAAUAGAACACGUAUUAUCGUUGAUUGUUCACCAAUAUGCAAAAUAGACUAAGUGUACUUUAUUAUUUGCUUCGGUUAACGCACUUUAUUUUCAUUAUUUUUCACCGAUGGUAUUAGUAUGAUUUAUGAUCAUCAUUAUUACUAUUGCUAAUUGCUACUAUUAUUAUCAUUAUUAUAUUAAUCACCGUUGUACUUUAUACAGUUUCGUUUUUCUUUUUUUUUUUGUUGUAAAUAAUCGGCUAUCUUUCUGCGAAGAAAGAUUGAAAAUGUAAGGGAAAGAAAGGACAGAGGGACAUGAAAAGUUCACUCAUAUGUAAUACCAAAGUUUAUCGUAGUUAAAUCUCUUCUCUUAGUUUUCUACAUUCCUUUUCGUACAAUAUUUGCCUCUGUAAUCUGCGUAUAUAUACUUCUUUCUCGAACGAACAUUUUUUCUACAAGUACAAUACUUUUUCUUCUACCAUUGAAUUUCGAGAAAAUCUUUGUAUGCCUUUACAGCUACUUUGCAGAUACAUUACGAUUAUCACUGCCUAUACUGUGUCGUUUUGGAGUGUACCACGUUUACAUGAUACUUCUGAUGUGUUGUUCAUAAGAUACGACGUAAUAUUUUGCAUUAAUUCUAUUUAAUUAAUGUCGAAUGACUCAUUAUUUAUGAAUUUUCAACUGCAAGUAAAAGAUAAUUCAAAAUUACUCUUUUUCGACGAUUUACCCUUCGAGUUGUUUCAAACAAUAACGUUUGUAAAUGCUUCUAAAAAGUACACACAAGAAUCAUUAAUUAUUAUGAACACUCUCCAGUAAUACUAUUUUUAACAGUCAUAAAAAAAGCAAGCAUGCGAUAUAUAUAUAUUUUAUACGUUUUACGAUCAAUGUAUUUUUACAAACUGUUUCAGACUGGGUGUAAAAGAUAGCUCACUCGAACGCUUAAUUUCUUGGAAUUUAUAAAACAAGAUAUGUUGUAUGUACAGCAGCCAUUUCAAUUGUAAAAAAUGUUGAAAUGUUUAACAUCUUGCUGAACGUUAUAAUACAGUCACUUUUAAACGAGUAUACACACGCACACGAAAUAAUAAAACUGACGAUGCAGAAUACAUAAAAUGUAAGAAAGUUUGAAUAUUUUUAGAAAAUGUGUUACAUUAUCAUUAGUAUCUUAAACAUCUCUCUACUACUGCUAAUUAAACUUCAUGUAUAUAACGUAAAAUCGAUUUAAAAAAAGAGCGUCUCUUUGUCUAAAAAUUUAGAAAAAAAAUAAAAGACUAAGUUUACCAUUCUCUAGUGUGAUUUCUAUGCUGGCCUUGCAAAAUCAAAGAAAGAUUAUCUAUAUUACAAAGAAAUAUGUGUUAUUAUAUUAUGAGAGGGAGAGUGAGUGAGUGAGUGUGAGAGAGAAAAAAUAUUAAUGCUAUAAAUAUAUAUAUAUACACACAUAUAUAUAUAUUUUGUAUUUAAUAUUAAUCGCCCAAAUUUAACAGAACUGCGAAUACUAUUAUUAUUCUCUGAUACUAUGACACGAAAGUAUAUAUUUCUUAUGACUGGUGUACGUAUUCGCAUUCUAUUUUUUCUUUUCUAUGCACGACUGUCAACUUGAAAAUCAGUGGUAAUGAUGUUCGCCAAUAAAUAAAACGAUUUAAACCAA